AUGAAGUUGUGUUUUCGGAAACACAGAAGGAGGUUUAAGCAAGUCUCCAGUCCGAAUCCGACACCGCACUACAUUCCUCUCGAUCUCCAGGUUGAAACACUCUUAAGGUUGCCUGUCAAGUCUUUAUUGAGAUUUCAAUGCGUCUCCAAGCUUUGGUCCUCUAUCAUCACCAGCCAAGAUUUCAGAAACCGGCAAUUAAACUUUGCUGCUUCCUCAGCUCCUCGUCUCCUCAUCACUUUCGCCAAGGUUUACGGAAAAGAGCUCCUGUUAUUCUCGUUACCUUACCCAACCGCAUCUUCCUCUUCAUCUUCUUCAUGUUGUGUACCAUACAAAGAUUUGAGCAUACUCAAACUCCAUGGGAGAAAGGUGUACAAUGCGGCUCGUGGCUUGAUAUGCGUUGGAACUACACAGAGGGUGGCGAUAUGUAACCCGGCCACUUGGAAGGUCCAUGUUUUCCCCCGAAUCAUAUUCGAAAAUAUUCCUCGUGAUGGUGAACCGCCUUCCAUCUAUUUUUUAGGGUACGAUCCUGUUGGAGAUCAAUACAAAGUGCUCGCGGUUGAUAGAUCGCGUUUGAGAUUAAAGCACCAGGUUGUGGUAUUGGGAGGAGAAACAGUUAAUUGGAGAGCGGCUCCAUGUGUUGCAUGUCCUCAUGUUGCUAAAACAUGGGCAUUGUAUAUGAACGGAACACUCUACUACGGGGCUAUCAGGACGGAC